ACCGAGGAAAAGGAAUCGUAUCGUAUGUCCGCUAUCCAGAACCUCCACUCUUUCGACCCCUUUGCUGAUGCAAGUAAGGGUGAUGAUCUGCUUCCUGCUGGCACUGAGGAUUAUAUCCAUAUAAGAAUUCAACAGAGAAACGGCCGGAAGACCCUUACUACUGUCCAAGGGAUCGCUGAUGAUUACGAUAAAAAGAAACUAGUGAAGGCGUUUAAGAAGAAGUUUGCCUGCAAUGGUACUGUAAUUGAGCAUCCAGAAUAUGGAGAAGUAAUUCAGCUACAGGGUGACCAGCGCAAGAACAUAUGCCAGUUCCUCGUAGAGACUGGACUGGCUAAGGAUGAUCAGCUGAAGGUUCAUGGGUUUUAAGUGCUCCUGGCUCACUGAAGCUUAAGUGAGGAUUUCCUUGCAAUGAGUAGAAU